CCAUCGAGUCACACCAAAGGGCGUUCAGAAGCGCCGAGUUCAGGCAAGACCAAGGUAUUCUCCCCAACAGUUCCUAUGUCCAGCGGGUCAGAACGAAGGCGUUUGCGUUGCUGGUUACUGUGAUGGGAGUCGCCAAGGUCAUCGAUGUACACGCUGAAAAAGUCGGGUCGGUCAAAGUCUGCACACUGAAGUCCGCAUCAGAGCCUCUGUUCUUGGAGAUGGGAGCUCUCGGCUUUCCCAGGAACUCGCCUGUAAAACGCCUUUUUGAUCACAUAACCGUCUGGAUGCGCAACACAGGCCUGAAAUCCGAGCCUGGCUCCACGUGUCUCAAGCCCAACUUGCAACAGGGGAGAAAACCAAUUGCAAUCUUGCAAGUGAGUGGCGUCUUAGCUUUCUGGGCAAUUGGAACCGCCCUCGGGAUCUUGGUUUUCGUCUUGGAAAUUCUUGUGUUUCGAUUCUAAA